AUGUCUCCACCUGCCAGUCUCCAGAACCUUCCCGCGCUCUCCAGAACCCAAACCCCACACCCUGGAGCCGAGUCCAACUCCGCCACGACUCGCCCGUCCCCACCCCCGCGGUUUCCUCCUGUCCGUCCAGAUCGCAUCCGACGGCCACAGCCACCCAAGGAACAUUCUAGAGCCCAUCCGCGGCCGCGGCACCACAACCUUUUAAAUCCAACCGCGUGUCGCCUCUCUGCCUCGUACACCACCUAUUCUCCCUCCCUACCCGCGUGCUCCGCUCCAAGAUCCAACCAAUCCCGCAAUUCCCUUCGAGGUUGUUUCUCCGCUCGACUUGUCGACGAGAUCAUGGCCGGAAAAGGAGACGGGCCGGCGAUCGGCAUCGACCUCGGCACGACCUACUCCUGCGUCGGCGUCUGGCAGCAUGACCGGGUGGAGAUCAUCGCCAACGACCAGGGCAACCGCACCACGCCGUCCUAUGUCGCCUUCACCGACACCGAGCGGCUCAUCGGCGACGCCGCCAAGAACCAGGUCGCCAUGAACCCGAUCAACACCGUCUUCGAUGCGAAGCGGCUCAUCGGCCGGCGUUUCUCGGACUCGUCGGUGCAGAGCGACGCCAAGCUGUGGCCGUUCAAGGUGAUCCCCGGCCCCGCUGACAAGCCGAUGAUCGGGGUACAGUACAGAGGCGAGGACAAGCAGUUCUCGGCCGAGGAGAUCUCCUCCAUGGUGCUCAACAAGAUGAAGGAGACGGCCGAGGCCUACCUCGGCACAACCAUCAAGAACGCAGUCGUCACCGUCCCCGCCUACUUCAACGACUCCCAGCGCCAGGCCACCAAGGAUGCAGGCGUCAUCUCUGGCCUCAACGUCAUGCGGAUCAUCAACGAGCCUACCGCCGCCGCCAUCGCCUACGGUCUUGACAAGAAGUCCACCAGCGUCGGCGAGAAGAACGUGCUCAUCUUUGAUCUCGGCGGCGGUACCUUCGAUGUCUCCCUCCUCACCAUUGAGGAGGGUAUCUUCGAGGUCAAGGCCACUGCCGGAGACACCCACCUGGGAGGCGAGGACUUCGACAACCGGAUGGUCAAUCACUUCGUGCAGGAAUUCAAGAGGAAGAACAAGAAGGACAUCAGCGGCAACCCGAGGGCGCUCCGGCGGCUCAGGACAGCGUGCGAGAGGGCGAAGAGGACACUCUCCUCCACCGCCCAGACCACCAUCGAGAUCGAUUCCCUCUUCGAGGGCAUCGACUUCUACACUACCAUCACCCGCGCCCGGUUCGAGGAGCUCAACAUGGACCUCUUCCGCAAGUGCAUGGAGCCCGUUGAGAAGUGCCUCCGGGACGCCAAGAUGGACAAGAGCACCGUGCACGACGUUGUCCUCGUCGGAGGAUCCACACGUAUCCCCCGUGUGCAGCAGCUCCUCCAGGACUUCUUUAACGGGAAGGAGCUCUGCAAGAGCAUCAACCCUGACGAGGCCGUCGCGUACGGAGCCGCCGUUCAGGCUGCCAUCCUCACUGGCGAGGGCAACGAGAAGGUGCAGGACUUGCUCCUGCUUGACGUCACGCCGCUCUCGCAGGGCCUGGAGACGGCCGGAGGCGUCAUGACCGUGCUGAUCCCGAGGAACACGACAAUCCCCACCAAGAAGGAGCAGGUCUUCUCCACCUACUCUGACAACCAGCCCGGCGUGCUCAUCCAGGUGUAUGAGGGCGAGAGGGCGAGGACCAAGGACAACAACCUGCUCGGCAAGUUCGAGCUCUCUGGGAUCCCACCGGCGCCCAGGGGUGUCCCCCAGAUCACCGUGUGCUUUGACAUUGAUGCCAACGGUAUCCUGAACGUCUCGGCGGAGGACAAGACCACUGGGCAGAAGAACAAGAUCACAAUUACCAACGACAAGGGGCGUCUGAGCAAGGAGGACAUCGAGAAGAUGGUGCAGGAGGCCGAGAAGUACAAGGCUGAGGACGAGGAGCACAAGAAGAAGGUGGACUCCAAGAACGCCCUGGAGAACUACGCUUACAACAUGCGUAACACCAUCAAGGAUGACAAGAUCGCCUCCAAGCUUCCCGAGGCCGACAAGAAGAAGAUCGAGGAUGCUAUUGACGGUGCCAUCACCUGGCUCGACAACAACCAGCUCGCUGAGGCUGAAGAGUUUGAUGACAAGAUGAAAGAGCUGGAGGGCAUUUGCAACCCCAUCAUCGCCAAGAUGUACCAGGGGGCCGGCGCUGAAAUGCCUGGUGGUAUGGAUGAGGAUGCUCCGGCCAGUGCCGCAGGCGGCAGCAGCGGCCCAGGGCCCAAGAUUGAGGAGGUCGACUAA